AGAACUCAACAUCCUCAAUAAUUUUUGCUAUCUCUCAAGUGCUUGUUCCCAAAGAACACCAAAUGUUUCCCGAAGUGUUCUUCUUCAAAUCUAUUGUCUACUUCCUCUAUAGAAUCCUCCUUGGGAAGCUAAGGAGCAACAACCCAAGAGGUCUGCAUAGAAAAGCAAGCACUGCAGCUUUUUAUCAUAACCAUCUCUCGAAGUGCCAAAAGUUCUCCUCCCUUGCCCACAAACCAAACCUCCCGUGCCACACCGUGGUCUUCGACCUUGAGGGCGCACUCUUGAGGUCGUCCUCACCCUUCCCUUACUUCAUGCUCGUGGCCUUCGAGGCCGGGAGCUUUGUGAGGGCGCUCGUGCUCCUACUCUUAUACCCCCUGAUAGCCCUCCUUGGUGGCGAGUCGGGGCUAAAGGUGAUGGUGUUUGUGAGCUUCUUCGGAGUCAAGGUGAGGAGCUUUAGGGGAGGGAGCGCCGUGUUGCCGAAGUUCUUCAUGGAGGAUGUUGGGCUUGAGGGCUUUGAGGUGUUGAGGAGAGCUGGGAAGAAAGUGGGAGUGAGUGGCUUGCCACAAGUGAUGGUUGAGGGCUUCUUGAGGGAUUAUUUGGAGGUUGAUGUGGUGGUGGGGAGAGAGCUUAAAGUGUUUUGUGGGUAUUUUUUGGGGAUAAUGGAGGAGAGGAAGAGAAAUAAUGGUGCAGUUAUCCUCAAUUUUGUGGAUAAGGAGAUCCUUGGAGAUGAGGCAUUUGGUGGUAAGUUCAACAAUAGCAUCAUUGGUGUUAGCAGCUUCAAAACAUCCCUUAAUAAUCACAUCUUCUCCCAUUGCAAGGAAAUAUACAUAGUGAGCAGAGGGGAGAAGAGGAGCUGGCGGCCUCUCCCCAGCCACAGCACCACCAAACCAGUCAUCUUCCACGACGGCCGGUUGGCUCUCCGGCCGCUUCCGCUCGCCGCCCUGGCUCUCUUUAUGUGGGUCCCCUUCGGCAUUGUCCUCUCCAUUCUCCGAAUCGCCAUUGGUGUCUCCCUGCCCCACAAUCUAUCGAUCCCCAUCCUCAUCUUCUCUGGCCUUCGUCACACCGUAUGGAUCCCUAUUCCCAUCCCAGGUACCCCAGCUGGGAGCAAUGCCAUAAAAGGCCAGCUCUACGUCUGCAACCAUCGAACCCUCCUUGACCCGCUAUAUCUAUCCUUCACUCUAAAAAAGGAGCUCACCGCGGUCACCUACAGCUUAAGCCGUGUCUCUGAGAUCCUCUCCCCGAUCAAGACUGUUCGAUUGACUAGGGAUCGGGUCAAGGAUAGGGCAAUGAUGGAGAGUCUACUACGUCAAGGGGACCUUGUGGUCUGCCCCGAGGGAACCACGUGCCGGGAACCAUACCUCCUACGGUUCAGCCCGCUUUUUGCAGAGAUGAGCGACGAGAUCGUCCCCGUGGCAGUUAACACAAGCGUGGAGUGGUUUCAUGGGACAACUGCAGGUGGGCUUAAGUGCUUUGAUCCGUUGUUCUUCAUGAUGAACCCUAGCCCAUGUUACAGCCUGCGGUUGCUCGAGAAGGUGUCUGGCUUAUCCACGAUAUCUGACCGAGAUGGUGAGAGAUCAAGGUUCGAUGUGGCCAAUGAGGUUCAGCAACAUAUUGGGAGUGCCCUAGGGUUCGAGUGUACUGGACUCACUAGGAGGGACAAGUACAUGAUCCUGGCCGGUAACGAAGGAAUAGUUAACGGCACGAAGUGAUAGAGCGGCGGUCUUAAAGCCAUACAUAUUGUGACUGCAGGUCACAUUCUUUAUUGAUGCAACUUCCAACUUGUUUUGGAGUGCAAAAGCGCCCAGACUGGAAGAAUCUUUACGAUCGAUGUGCCUGGACAGGUGAGGAUUGGUGGAAGUCGAGAAUGCGACGUGUGACGCUAAGACGAACGGUUAAUUAGGGUCUACUGUGUAUGUACAUGUGGAAUAUAUAUAUAUAUAUAUAUAUAUAUAUAUAUACACAUAUAUCUUUUUUUUUGUGGCAAAUACGUAUGUCGUUCAUUAGAAAUUUUUUAAUGUAUUAUUCCUAUUUUCAGGAAACAUUCUUUUAUUGAAU